GACAAAUCCAACAGAAAUUUCCAAGGAGCCUGUCCAAAAAGGGUGCCAUAGAGUCCAAUUUCCACCAUACCAAGUUCACUUCCAAUAGGAAAAACCCUGUAAAUCGUAAGACGAGUUCAAAAAAUUAUGGAAAUCAAUCGUGGAAACCUCUGUAACAAACAUUAAACAUCCUAUAUUCAUCAACUCACUUUCUAAUUGCCAUUUUUUCCAUGAUGAAUAGACAAUUUAUUUUUGUGGAGAAGCUAUGUGUUUCUGUAGUAAUUUAAUUUAAAAUUCUUGAAUAUGUCUACUGAUAUAGAAAAUGAUAAAAAAUUUAAGGAACCACAAGGUAAAACGCUGAUAUAAAAGUUAAAAUACAAGAUUGAAUAAUUAUAUCUGCUAAAUAUUGACUUUUAAUAUAUAAUUAUUUGUAUAUUGCGCUGAUAAAGCUCUCCUCUACAGUUUAAUUAAAUCAUUAAACUUCAUCACCUCUAAAUGUUAGAAUUAUGUCAAUUGUGAAAAGAGACGAAAGAGACCAACCUGCUCAAAGUCUCUAUCCUAAGGAAUAGGAAAAAAAACAAUGUGGAUAAACUAAUUUCACAUUAUUAAAUUAAAAUAUUAUAAGUCUGAACUUACUGCUCCUAGGGGUUUUUAAACAAUUUUUGGAAAGCUGUUAAUUGUGUCUUUUUUAGCAAAACAUAAAAGGCCAAUUUUCACCGGGUUCUGUAAAGUAACGAAACACUCAUGGGAAUUGUAACAAGAAUUAGGAGAAAACUUUUGCUUUAUGCUAAACCUUCAAUAAUGGUUGAUAAGUAGCCCGAUCCCUUGAAAUCUUCCAUUAAUAAACCUUUUUGAUCAUGAUGUGCUCAUAUCAGUUGCUAGCCGAAUGUUCUGCCAGACCUUCGACUUGGAGAAGUGCGUCGCCAAAAUGCGUAAGCGGAAUGCUUUGCUUUUCGCUGCCGCCGCUUCUACCGUCUAUUCAGCAAACACGAACGCCACGGUGCGUGUGUUUUAUUUUCAUUCUGCCACAAACCCGUGCACCACCAUCCAAGGGGUUGUUUCCUCUUCACCGCAAUGAAAGCAUAAACAUGAAUUUCGGGCAACCAACCCGUCGGAAAGCCACUUGUUUGGGACAACUUUCGGAGUGAGGCGUUGCACAAAGAGCGAGAGAACAAAAAAACAUCCUCCACGUUUUGUUUGUUACACUUUCCUUGGCCGCUAUCUUGGCUUUUCGCUUCCCCUUAGCGUUUGCCCAAUGUCAGAGUGAUAUAAAAUGACCGCUGAGUCUGUGGUAAGAGCAUCAGUCAGCUGGCAAGCCUUCCCUUCUUCAGUACAGUAGUGUCCCAUCACGCACAGUAUCAACCACCGACGAACAGGAUGAACAGCUUCAUUGCGAUCACUCUGCUGGCCGUGAUUGGGGUGGCCAUUGCGGCUCCCGCCAAGUACGGCGGUGGACACGCCCACCAUGGAGGAGUCGUGCCGGGACCGGCCGUCGUCCACACCUACCCGGCCGUCGCACCGGUGGUCAAGUGCGGCCACAAUCUGCUGGUGAGCUGCGAUCCCCACCAUCACCCGGUGCCGUGCAAGGCUGCCCCGGCCCAUCACGCCGGCUAUGGACACCAUGCACCGGCCCCUGCCCCGGCCUACCACCAUGCGCCGGCUCCGCACUACGCCCCGGCCGCUCCCGCCUACCAUGGUGCCGAGGAGCAUGGUGAGUACCGCGCCAAGCACCACAAGAAGCACCACAAGAAGCACCACGGCAAGGGCAAGAGCGCCGACAACGUUGGAGAAGCGAUCGACAGCAGCUCGGAGGCGAUGUAAGCGGUCUGCGAGGGUCGUUGCAGCAGCAGCAGCAGUGCGCAAGGAGGAAAACGCUUUGCAAGCUGGCUGGUGAAUCAUUCAAGACUGAAUACAAUUCCUUUCCUAUAUUUUCCUAUCCGCCCUGGUUUCCCUUCCUCUCUAUCAGUCGAACAGUUUGUGGUCGAUUGGAGAAAUGAGGUGGAAACAGGGACUGCGUCACAAUAAAAUGUGAAUUUUCCUAACAAAAAGACAA